AUGGCAUACAAAUGGGGCAGAUCAAUGACUAGUUGUAAUAUCAAAGAGCUCCCACUUUUACCACCCACUGCCAACACCAACACAAACACAAACAUUAAUGAUUGGCAAGAUACUUCUAGCAACAUCUCAUUGAGCGAAUAUCGGGAAAGAUUAUUACGUCGCAAUAUGAUUGAUGAUCCUAAUGAUGACUACUCCACAGAUGUUAUGCCAUUACCACCAAUGCUUCAGACAACUACAUACUCACUGCUGUCAGAGGAUUUAACUACAUUAACCACACUCCGACCGCCCGAAAUUGACAAUGAAAAUGAUCACUUGAAGGCGCCAUUUUGCGAACCCCUGCAUUCGACCAACAUGUCAAUUCAAUCACCAAUUCCAUCCAUCCACUCAAAUGAAGAAGAAGAUUUUUUGCCGGACCCAGACUUAGAUGAUGCAAUAUCAAUGUCCUCAUAUACAAAGGCACAGAAAAGGAAAUCACGAUACCGCCCUGUGCAAGGUAGUGUGAAUGUUGCAAAUGCACCAGAAAAAAAUAACAAGACCAAUUAUCGUCACUUUAAUCUAUCAGAAUCUAACGAUAAGGUUGUUCCCACUACACAUGAUACGGCAACACAGUUUGAUAACCCUUUCAAAGACCCUAUAAUCACUAAGAAACCAAAAGAAGGAUUACUUAAAAAAUUUAGUUUAACGAAUUUAAAUAUCCAUUUUGAGAAGUUCAAGAAAUCAAACAAUACCACUGCACAGCCAAGUUUGUUAAAGUCUCCUCCACAAGAUAUCCUUCCAAGAGUACCUCCCAAAGAAGAUUACCAUUCUCCUUACCAGUAUAGAACCGAAGACCAGCGAUCAUUAACAUCCACAUCCAAAACAUACACCACUACUGAAACGAUCGAAACUAGAGCCUCGCCUUUAUUUUCUGCCAGUCCACUUUUACCACCACUACCACCCAAAUCCCCAGUAUACGAUUUUUCAACUCAGUAUAGUAUCAACUCAUCAAUCAUGUCAUCUCCUGACGCACCUUUUUGGAAGUACCACAUAUUAAAGUUUGGUAAAGAUCUAUAUCUAACAACCAACCCAGGAAUGAAACAUGUCUAUUGUCGCAACGCACCUGGCUAUUUCAUUGAAGUGGUAAGCUCCGACCCCACUACCAUAAAACCCACCCCUACUUCAGGAUACAGUUUAAUUUUUAGAGAUUCUACUGAUCUAACGGAGAACUCAAGGGUUCCCUUUAUGGUUAUAACGAAAAAACCUGCUAGUGAAGGUGGCGAGUUUACCUUUUCUAUACCAAAAGACAAGUUCUUGAACCAAGGUACUGUUGUUAAAUAUGAGGAUUUAACAACAUAUAAUGGGGUUUCCUUCACAAAGAGAAUCGACGAGGCUUUUUUUCCCUAUACCGGCCUUCGAACAAAAUAUCCACAAUAUUUUCAAAAUCACGAAAUCCGUGAUUUAAAUAACGUACCUUGGAAUAUAGGGUCGAUACCAAGAGUUAGAAGUAGUAAAAUGACGAAAAUUAAGGAAACCUUCAAAAGCACAUCACCGUCAAAAAGCAAAACCCACCCCACUGCUACGCACGAUGAAGAGUUUAAAUUUAUUGGUAAACGAAAUAUAUAUUUUCAUCAAAAUUACGUUUCUACUGCUCACCAUGGGUUGAAAUAUAGAGAAUUUGAACCAAGGUUUAUUUAUGGACAUGAUUAUGGGCAAAGUUUCCCACCGGUACUCGCAAUGUUUAGACCAUUUGAAACCAGAACGAAAAAGAAGAUUAUCCGAACUGUGAAGAACAAUAAACAUUAUCUAAAUGGUAGUUUAAAUGAAAACCCUUUUCUUGAAAAUGUGGACGAUCAGUAUGGUACUGAAACUAAAAAGUUCUAUCAAGGUAGUGAUGGUUUAUAUUAUCUGAACAACACAAGUGAUGACUUGCCUGACGAAAAUAAGUUGGGAUGGAUAACAAUAUACGAAGAUCUUGAAAUCUUUGGAGGAAUUAGAAACAGAGGUAUGUUUGAUAUUGUUGUUGGUAUGACACUUGCUGUUGGAUAUGAUAGUUGUUUGUCUAAUGAGUAG